CCUCUCGGCCACUCCCAAAAAUGGCUAACCAGCUCUUCUUCACCAAUCCAUGGCUUCUUACAACCACUCUUGGCUCUCUUCUCCAUUAGCCGAUACUCCCUCUUUCUUCUUGUCUCCAUCUCCAAAACCAAAAUCCUUGAAACUCUCACUUUUCCGAACUCGGAGCAACUCGUCCUCGCCGGAACGCUCGUCGGAGGUUGAGGUCGACGUCGAUCCCGUGAAGCUAGCUUUGAAGAAAGCCGAAGCUUAUAAGAAAUCGAAAUCAGAGGUAGAAGAAGAGCGAGACAAAAAUGCUGGUGAUGAGGAAUUGCCACUCUCGGUUAAGGCUGCUAUGCAAAAAGCCAAUGAUUAUAAGAAAAGGAAAGAGCUUGGAACUGAUUUUGUCGAGGAACCUAAACCCAGUAGUACAGAGCAAAGUCUUGUUAGAUCAUCAAAUAAGGUUGUUGAAGAUAAUGAUGUCAAGAAGAAAGAGUUGAAAGUGUCCAGCAUUGAUUUCAUGGGGCUUGGGUUUGCUGAUAAGAGAAGCACAAGAGGGCUUCCAGCGGGACUUGUUCCUGUUGUAGACUAUCUUCCUGAAGGAGACUUACCUGAGGUGGAGUUUAUUGUUGGUGAUAAAACGAGAUUUGCGGAGAAAGAAAAGGAUGUCAAGCAAGAAGGAGAUGGAAACUCUGAUGUUUAUAAGCCCAAAGUUUCAACGUGGGGAGUUUUCCCAAGACCUAGCAACAUCUCCAAGACGUUUGGUGGUGGAAGGACUCUUCAACCGGGGGAUUCAGUUGAAACUGCUGAAGAGAGGAUUGCGAGAGAAGCACAGACAAAAAAAAUGCUCGCUGCCUACAAGAAAUCAAUCGGACUGAAUAUUGAUACCAAACUCAAACUUGAGUGUGAGAAGGCAAUAGAAAAGGGGAACUCGCUUAUGGAUUCUGGGAAACUCAAGGAAGCUUUGCCAUACUAUGAAAAGGUCAUGGAGAAAAUAGUUUUUAAGAGUGAGCUUCAUGGACAAGCGCCUUUGCAGUGGUCUAUCUGUCAGGAUUCACUUCGAAAUCCCUAA